AUGCCCAAAGACACCAUCGUUUUCUUCCGCUGUCCACAUGCCUCUGAUCUCACCGAAUUACUCGCACUUCUGUUCAAGCACGACGUACCUUUGGGAGUUUCAGUCAGGCUGGUCCACAAGCACUUGGACGUCUGUGACGGCGAGGCCAUGGCUUUCAAAAGUAAUCGACCCCUGCACGGCCUGAACUAUUUCGUCGACAGUGACGGCAUGCCCUUGGCGUAUGAAUACACCACGGAUGAUACCAUGGACAUGGCGCCAUAUACGUCCUUCCUGACUGAGUUCUGUCGCCUGGUAACUCAGAAAGGGCUGCAGAUGAAGUUUGGCCUCAAGCUCAGCACCAAAGAGGAUGCAACCGCCGCCACUGAAUUUGAGUACCCUCAUCUGCGAAGCACCAUCAUCAUUCCCUAA